GUUUCUAGUGGAGUCUUACACGGUGUUUUAAACAUAUCCCCUGAAAAAAUUCAAGCAAUCGACAUGGAUACGAUAAACUCCCCGAUUCGUUACACAUUUUUGAGUGGAACCCCAAAUUCUUAUUCGGAAUUUUUCCGAAUUGACCCCGAAACCGGAAGCGUCCAUCAAAUUAAAGCGGUCGAUACAUCGACCACGAAGAUGUUUAACGUUAUCAUUAAAGCGCAAGAAGUUUCCGAAGCGAAACGAUCCACCACUGCGAAACUAUUAAUAACGGUGAAACCAGUCGAUGCUAAUCCGCCGGAAAUCGUUUUUUCAUCAGAAGAGGGUUGGGUUAACGAAAACUCACCGAUUGGGACGAAUGUUUUAGAUAUAAAAGGGGACCCCGUGAUGGUUUCAGUUAUCGAUAAAGAUUUUGGCGAAGAUGACCCAAAACCAAUUUACACCUUCGAAUUAACCACCCCUUCCUUCAACAUCGACAAAAACGGCCGUUUAACCGUCAACGAAAACAAUUUGGAUCGGGAUCCCCCGAAUCCCGGGAAAUUCCGCUUUCAAAUCGUUGCCCGUGAAAAACACGGCGUUGCAGCAAGCGCCCCAAUUUCCAUCACCGUUAAUCUCAAAGACGUCAACGAUAACCCCCCGGUUUUACCCUCAAUCCCCCCCACAACCGUCCCAGCCGGAGAAACAAAACGAAAAGUAAUCCAAAUCCAAGCCACCGACAACGACGAAGAAGAAAACGCCCAAAUCACUUACUCAAUUUAUCACGUUUCAAAUAACGGAAACAAUAAAUUUAUGAUUGACCCAAUAACCGGUCAAAUUGAAAGUAUUCGAAAAUUAAAUGCUGGGGAGCAAUACAGCUUAACGGUCCAAGCGACCGAUAAAGGUGGUUUAUAUAGCCAAGCGAUUGUUGAAGUUACAGUAAGUCCUGGUCCAAACACUCAAAGUCCAGUUUUUGAGCAAAACGUUUACGAUAUUGAAGUAAGCGAGGGUGCUACGAUCAACUCAACAGUUGCAACAGUUUUAGCAAUCGAUCCCGAAGAAGACCCAGUAACUUAUUUUAUAGUUUCCGGAAACGAUUUGAGACAAUUCGCAAUCGGGCAAAAAUCCGGGGUAAUCACAGUAAUUAGAAAAUUAGAUCGCGAAGAUUUAACGCGAUACCAAUUAAUAAUAAAAGCCGAAGAUGCGGGGAAAUUAUCAAGUACAGCUACCGUUAAUGUAAAAGUAACCGACAUAAACGAUAAAAAUCCCGAAUUUAUUAACGAUCCUUAUAAUUUUACGGUAAAAGAAGGAUUAACAAACGUGAUCGUUGGUAAAGUCGAAGCUGUUGACGCUGAUGAAGGAAUCAACGCGAUCGUUUCUUACAUGAUUCCAACCGAUCUUCCUUUUAACAUCGACAAUCAAACUGGGGAAAUCACAACAAAUAAAGCUCUCGAUUUCGAAACAACCAAAAAUUAUCAAUUUGUCGUUACAGCAAAAGACGGCGCGUUAGAUCCGAGGAUAGCAACAGCCACGGUUACCGUUAACGUUUUAGACGUUGAAGAUGAACUUCCCGUUUUCUCUAAAGACCAAUACGAAGCUACCGUACCCGAAAACGUUCCCGACGCUUUCGUAACGGAUGUGAUGGCCCACGAUCCGGAUACAAUCAAAAAAAUUACGUACGUUAUUCAUCGCGGACCGACAGAUUUAUUUAGGAUCGAUGAGGGUAGCGGCGCGAUUUAUACAACGAGAGGGUUGGAUUAUGAAAAGGAAAGUGAGCAUACUUUGGUGAUUGGGACUUUGGAAAAUAUGUCUGAUGGAAAUGGGAGUACGACGAGAGUUCUUGUUAAAGUUGAGGAUCGGAAUGAUAUUCCUCCGGUUUUUACCAUUAUUCCUCAACCGAUUAUGUUGGAGGAUGAUACUGCCAUUGGAACGGCGAUUUAUGAUUUAGUUGCUACUGAUUCUGAUGGAACUGCACCUGGAAAUAAG